GCUCGGAGCGGCUCCUCCGUGUCCUGCUGCUUACGACACCUCGGCGUAAACAGCCAUGGCCGCGCUGCGCAGGCUCUUCCCUUCCCUCACCAGCAGCUCCAGAUCAGGGACGUUCACCAAACAGAGACCGUCCAGGCUGAUCGCCGCCGGAGCCUGCGUGACCGCGGCGGCCGGAGCAGCUGCAGCCGCCUUCUACUACCGCGGGCGGCCCGGGAUCAGGAGCCAUGUCGAGGCUCGACUCGUGCAUCUGGCGCUGCCGGCGGUUUCUGCCACCGAUAAGACGAAGACCUUCGGGCUGGACGAUGGAGACGUGUACAUGUCGUCCUACGAGAACAGGUUCCGGCUGUUCAGCUCGGUGGAGGUCGAGGGGCAGCUCUACAUGACGCCGCUAAACUUCAUCGAGUCCGUCACUCUGAACGAACCAAAGAGCAGGAGAGUGUGGAAGGCCCUCACAAAAAAGGAAUUAGACAAGAUGCUGACUGAUACUCCGCCUGUUUGGAAAGGAUCAUCUAAUUUGUUUAGAAAUCUUCGCGAACGAGGUGUCAUCAGUUACACCGAGUACCUGUUCCUGAUCUGCAUUUUAACAAAGCCCCAUGCAGGCUUUCGGAUUGCUUUCAACAUGUUUGAUGCAGAUGGGAAUGAAAUGGUGGACAAAAGGGAGUUCUUAGUGCUGGAAGAAAUUUUCCGCAAGAAAAAGGACAGAAAAGAAGUUGCUGAAGAUGUGCAAAGACUGGAUCAGCAAAGCCUGCAGCUUUACGGUCAUCGCACAUCGCAGCCACACAGUAACGUGGAUGACAAAACGGAGACGACACUGUUGGUGCACUUCUUUGGGAAAAAAGGCAAAGCUGAGUUAAAGUUUGAAGAUUUUUACAAGUUCAUGGACAACCUGCAGACAGAGGUGCUUGAGAUAGAGUUCCUCUCCUACUCCAAAGGCAUGCCCACCAUCAGCGAGGAGGACUUCGCUCGGAUCCUCCUUCGCUACACCAACGUGGACGACGUCAGCGGCUAUUUGGAGAACGUGCGUCACAACAUACCGGAUGACAAGGGAAUCACCUUCGAAGAGUUCAGGUCCUUCUUCCAGUUCCUCAACAACCUGGAGGAUUUUGCCAUCGCCAUGCAAAUGUACAACUUUGCAAACCGCUCCAUCGGUCAAGAUGAAUUCACUCGAGCCGUCUACGUGGCCACGGGCAUCAAGCUGACUCGUCACCUGGUCAACACCGUCUUCAGGAUCUUCGACGAGGAUCACGACGGCAAACUCAGCCACAAGGAGUUCAUCGGCGUCAUGAAGGACCGGCUGCACCGCGGCGAAGGGGGCAUGAGAGUGGAGGAGAAGUUCAUCUCCUUCAAGUCCUGCAUGAAGAAGGAGCUUUCAGGCAAAUAGGUGAACGCUCCGGCUCCGGUGCACGUCUCGCCGGCUUGGACGAGCUGCGUCUCCUCUGCGCUCUCCGUCGGGACGAAGGGUUCAUGCAUGCUGCAGCAUCUUUUUAACAUAAACAGGAAGUGGCACAAACAGGAUGUGGUCAAGCUAAUGGAAAUCUGUUACACAAGUGGUCGAACACACACAAAUGACCCAAAAUGAACCGAGAACAUCCACUUCAGUCAGUGUUACAGUCCUCUAAAUUGCACUUAUUAGUUUAUCUAAAUGCUUUUUAUUGCUGUUAUUUAUUUAUCUAUAAGCCUAUUGCUUGCUUCGUUGCUUGCAUGCUUCGUCCUUUUAUCGGUUCUGCAGCCUCCUGCACACGUCGACUCAGGACCUCCUCCUCCCCCUCCUCCUAUUUCCUCCCAAAGCGCUGCAGCUAAAAUCCUCCAGGAUCCUCCAGAGCCGGCAGGCCUGAACACACUCGCUCGGUCUCUGGCUUUUUCACUGUUUAACUACAGGCAGCUAACAGUGUUAAUCAUUUCUUGGCUCAGAGUGAAGAGAAGCGCCGCUACGCCACUGCAGGGAUGACCUCCAUAUGAAUAAAUAUGCAAAAUAUCGAAGCCAUAUGUCUGUUUGACUCUUGGGGCGCUCGGCUUAAAUUAUCAUUGGUUUUAGCAGGAGCAGAACUUUAAGAUGACCUUUAUCGAAUAGAAGAGCUUGUACUUUUGAAUAACAGUUGUUGUAAUGUUUGCUUUGGGUGCACUGAAUGCUUCAGGCGUGCUUUAAUAUUAACCAGGCUCAUGUGUUUCUAUUUCAGACUCUCUUCUGUUUAACUCUUGGAUUAGUUAGUCUACCUCGUUUCUUUUAAACCAGGCCUCGACUGUUACUGUCAGAGCGCAGAUGCAUUUCUAAUGACAUGGUGCAAUAAAUACAAGAACAAAUA